CCAGAGACCCAGAGGCCCAGCAACGCAGACACAUCCCUCCUUUCUCACCUCGUCCCUCCCUACAUUCCUUUCUUUCCCCUCUUCUGUCCUCGUUCCCCCCUCAUCCAUCCCAUCAAAAAGUCACCAUAGACUCUAAUCUACAUCUACACCUUCACCUCCAUCGACUUUCACGCUCGACAGGAUCCCCAUCAUCGGCGACGCUCAUUCCGCCCUCUAAUACCAGCACCCAACCCCUUCGCUCACUCCCCCAACCUGUCGACACGACACGCGACUGCGCACCUUUCUUGCCCCUCGAGAAUCGUCCGCCUUGCGACUAUCCGGCCUCCGCCAACCACUAUACCACAACCACCAACACCAUCUAUGAUUUCAACCUCGCAACAAAUGAACACGAUAUCUUCACGCAUUCAAGUCACCCUUUAAGCCCUACGCCCACGCUCGCGAGUCAGACGAUAUUCAACCAUCGCGCUGUGAAAGGACAAGCACUCAGGCAACCGACAUCGACAUCUUCAUCGAACCGCCACAAUGCCUGUCGCAAGCAUGACCGUCCUGCCCACCGCAGCAGCAUCGUCCACCAUUCGAAAAUCGACGCUCGCGCCCGAGAAGAAGUACAAAUGUCAGUUCUGUAAUAGAGCUUUCAGCCGGAGUGAACACCGGAGUAGACACGAGAGAUCCCGUAAGUAAUGUGGUGUGGUGGUGACCUUCCCCUCCUGCCCCAGGUCGCGUGGGGGACCGAUGUUCGUUCGCAUCGCCAACGAAAACAUCCCCCUCUUUCGUCGCAUCUACCCUCCUCGAGACGAGAACACUGCUAACGUCGCCGUCGCACCGCAGAUACCAAGGAACGCCCUUUCAAGUGCAUGAAGUGUAGAAGUACCUUCGUGCGACGAGAUUUGUUGCUUCGCCAUGACCGAACAGUGCACGCCAAAGAUGGAGGAAUCCCAUUGCACAGUGAUGUGAAGCGACGAGCAGGCCCCAAAGCGAACGCCCUAUCCGGCCCCUCCAAGGCCGCCAUUGCCAUUGACACUUUGGCAUUGGAGCAGAUUGAAGCAAGCAGCGAUGGCAUGGUUGACCUCGAGACGGCUGCGAUGUUGAUGACGGACCUCCACCACAAAGCAACUGCGGCCAUGCGGAAUGCGGGCGUGGGACCAUAUGAGAAUCGACCUGGAAUGGCUUUCUCUCAGAAUGGAACCCCGCUCAUGGAACCAUCCGUCACUUAUCCUUCUGGAGCCAUCUCGCUCCCCCAGGUGCAGUGGGAUUCCUUCAUGCCACAGUCUGUGACAGAGCCAAAGUCGCAUUCCAUCACAUCCAAUGCUUCUGGAUCGCAAGAAUCGCAUGCAUCGUUUACAAGCAUCAGCUCGGCACCGCAUCCAAACCAGCUGCCUCCGAUACACAAGUCGGCCUCAACCUACAAUGGCUUAGUACCUGCGUUACAAUCAAUGAUCAACUCUUUGCCUCCUUCAAGAACCGCAACUCCAGGUGCACAAUCACCAAGCCAGACGCGCAACGGGGAUCUCUCACUGAAAGCACCUCAAGUACUCAGUGAUGAUGAGCGUAAUAUCAUCCUUGACAACAUUCGUAACAAUGAUAGUGAACGUGCCAUUCCAGAGAGCUUCCGUCUUCCUGGCCUCGCAUCACUCAACAGGUACUUGUCAACAUACUUCAGUCUGUUUCAUCACCACCUACCGUUCCUGCACCCAGCAUCCUUCAAGGCAACACAAGUUUCGUCGCCACUUCUGUUGGCUGUGUUGUCAAUUGGUGCACUGUACGCAUUUGACGUUGAUCAAGCUUACGUACUCCACAUUGGUUCCAAAGUGCUCGUCAAUCAGUUCCUCCAGAACAAGGAGAACUUCAGCUCGCGUAAAUGUCCUCUUUGGACCAUGCAAAGUUCUCUGCUCAACAUGGUAUUUGCCAGCUGGAGUGGUGAUCCAAAGGGAUUGGAAUGGGCCUGCUCUAUCAAGAGUUUGCUUGCCAACAUGGUAGCAGGUAAUCGAUAUGAGUUGAAGCUCCGAACGGAGGCUCGCGAAGGUCGCUCACCAACUCGCGCAGAGUGGGUUGAAGAUGAAGGUUGUCGACGGACGUACUACGCUGUCUACAUUUUCUUUGGUCUCCUGACGUUGACAUACAACCACACGCCAGCCAUCAGUUUCAACGAGUUUGAAGAUCUUGCACUGCCAUCAACAGAAGUCAUGUGGAAUCUUCAUGUAGUUGACGAAUCCUCAUGGCCCGAGACCCUCAAGACAUCACAAGCUGCCUCAUUCAUGGAAGCCCACGACAACCUUUUCCAGGGCGAAUCGUUACGUUACAGCGCCUUUGCCACACGUGUGAUGAUCAAUGCCUUGUUCCUUGAAGUUUGGUAUCACAAGCGCAGUCCCGAGGCUCUACAAGAUGUUGUGACGGAAUACAAGCUUCGCCUAGCGUUGGAAACUUGGGAGAAAUCUCUUGAGCUUUGUGAUCCUGAGCCAGUGUCUGUACCUCUCAGUGCUCCUCACAAAGGUCACCCCCUUGUUUUCAACUCUAUGGCCAUGUUCCGCAACGCCCGUGCACGUCUGGAAGUCGACCUCAAAUCCAUCCAAGAGGCUUUGAGAUAUCACGAUUCUUAUGAAGUUGCCGCUGCCAUGUCAAAUGCCAGAGAUAAGGUUAAGCGAUCUAGCGAGAUGAUCAAGGUCAUUCAAGAAUGCUUUAACUGUCUGGAGACAGCUGCUCUUCAAGGUAUUCGCUGGGUUGCACGCACAUCAGCUACCAACUGGAGCAUCGAGCACCCUCUCUGUGGGUUGGAUCUCAUGGUCAUUCUCAGCUUAUGGCUCUAUCGUCUGGAACACGACGAAGAACCAGCUACUGAGGAAGAAAUGGCCAUGUACAACAAAGUUCGUGCUCUUGUCGAUGAAGAUUCUGUAGAUUAUGGCAACAAGCUAAGCUCCACCGUCGCUCGUCUUUGGGGAAGUAUGCUUGAUGAGGUAGUCGUUUGGGGGUAAGUUAUUCCAUUCCUGAUCCAUCCGAGGCACAUUCUAACCUGUUUAUAGCAUCACCAAACUCAUGGGCGAUUCUUUCCGACUUCACGCUCAAGCCUUAGUCGGCUAUGAAGAUGACAUUGAAGCAUCCGACGUUUCCACACCCUCAAUGAUCUCACAGGGUCCUGAUGAGAACGACGACAGCGUCUACUAA